UGGACACAAUAGCAAUUGCAUAACACUAUAGCUUAUAAAGGAAGGGGCACCCAAUUCAUGGCUCAGUCAUCAUGUGGCUACAGGCAGGCUUACUUUCGCUUUGCGCCACAACAGCGCUUUGGGGAGUAGUGUAUACCGUCGUCGAUGAUGUUGCAGUGGACGCUGUGAUCAACGCGGGGCUAAGAUGUCACAAGACACCUGGCUUAGCGGUGGCAGUGGUGAAAGACGGCAACAUUGUCAUGUCGCGGGGGUUCGGUGUUAGCAACAUCGCCGCAGGAACGCCUGUCACUAGCACAACGUUGUUUGGAAUAGCGUCGUUGUCUAAGGCGUUCACCACAACGUUGCUUAGUAAAAUACUCAAAGACCGGACAAGAUUUUCCAUCAACACGAACGUCUACAAAAUCCUGGGUCGGUACAAGUUCAACAACACCCUGCGGUCAGUGUACGCCACCGUGGAGGACCUGAUGGCACACAGGAUGGGCAUCCCAAGGAACAACUACCUCCGGCUGGACGACACCCUCACACGGGAGAUCCUCCUCAGUCGUGUCAAGUAUCUGAAGAAUGUGGGUGGAUUCCGGGACAGCUUUGCCUACAACGACUUGAUGUACGGACUUCUGACCCGUAUCACGGAGGCCGUCACUGGGACCUUAUGGGAAGACAACAUGGUUGAACACCUCUUUACGCCCCUAGGAAUGGACUCAUCCACAUUUGGCACAAGAGUGAACUUUUCCGCGCCAAAUGUAGCGACACCAUACGUCAUUGAGAAUGGUCAGAUUGUAGCGGCCUCGACCCAGUUUGUACGUCACUGGGCAAUGUUGGGCGGUUCUGGCUCUGUGGUGAGCAGCGCAGACGACAUGACCAAGUGGAUGUUGUUCCAUCUGAGUGGCGGGAAAAACCGCGCGGGCAACCAAGUCGUGGCCGAAAACCUGCUGAAGGAAACAUACAAACCCCGGAACGCUCUCGCCUCCAGUUCCAUCAACACCUACUUCAGCAGACCCAAGACGCCGGUGACAAUGAGCAACGACGGUUACGGCCUCGGCUGGAAGAGCGGGUAUUACAGAGGACUACCGAUGGUACAACAUUCAGGCACCACAUUCGGCUACCGGAGUUUCCUAACCCUCAUCCCGGACAAAAACCUGGGUGUGUUCCUGGUCAUGACGGGCACCGACCCCAACUACUGGUUCCGGGGGUCGCUCAGUGCCUACCUGAUGGACGUGUACCUGGGGGAGGCGCCCUGGAUCAACGCCAGCACCAUCUGCUCCUUCCCCGACCCCUGGCGCACACGGAGACGUUCUGGGCGCCGUAAUCGCCCGACAAGGGUCAUGAGAUACCAGGCUAACCUAGCCCUCCCGGCAUACACAGGCACCUUCAGGAACGAGGCCUACGGCAACCUCGUCGUCCACUACGACAGCGCGUCUCAUCGGCUGAGGGCUAUAUAUGGUAUUGGAAGCUGGGUCCUGACGUCACGCGGUAGUGACACCUUUCGGGCAAACUGGGACAACCCAGCACCAACUCUUAACUUUGACUUCACGUUCCUCACGUCAAACGGGGAAGUAUAUGCACUGAUACCUAGUUUUGAGAAGACAUUGCCGCAGAUAUUUUUCCGCAUCGGCAAUGGAAAUUCCAUCAUUAUACGUCUGUCUCGACUCCAACUAAGAGGUGAGCGAAUACACGCUAUUCCUUAUCUCCGUCAUGAAUCGGCCAUGAUGUUAGGAAGUUCACAUCUGUUCUUUUUGUGGGUGACGACGACGGCACUGUGGGGAGAAGUGUAUACCGUCGUCGAUGAUGUUGCAGUGGACGCUGUGAUCAACGCGGGGCUGAAAUGUCACCAGACACCUGGGUUAGCGGUGUCAGUGGUGAAAGAUGGCAAAGUCGUCAUGUCGCGGGGGUUCGGUGUCACCGACCUUGCUACCAAAACACCUGUCACGAACACAACUCUGUUUGAGAUAGCGUCGUUGUCCAAAGCGUUCACAACGGCGUUGUUGAGUAAGGUAUUGCAUGAUCAAAGUAGUUACACUAUCAAGACGAAUGUGUACCACCUGUUAGGGAGGAACGGGUUCAACAACUCCCUGCGGUCAGUGUACGCCGUCGUGGAGGACCUGAUGGCACACAGGAUGGGUAUCCCCAGGAACAACUACCUCCGGCUGGACGACACCCUCACACGGGAGAACCUCGUCAGCCGGGUGAAGUACCUUCCCAGCACCGGCGGCUUCAGGGGCAGCUUUUACUACAGCGACCUCAUGUACGGACUGCUGACACACAUCACGGAGUUGCUCACAAAGAAGACUUGGGAGGACAGUAUGACUGACAACAUCUUCAAGCCCUUGCACAUGGACUCCAGCACAUUCGGAACCAGAGCGGACUUCACCUCACCAAACAUUGCGACACCUUACACUAAACAGGGUAGCAAGCUUGUAACGCCAUCGUCUGACUUUAUCCGUCACUGGGCAAAGAUUGGUGGUUCUGGGUCUGUGAUCAGCAGCGCAGACGACAUGACCAAGUGGAUGUUGUUCCAUCUGAGUGGCGGGAAGAACCGAGAGGGCAACCAAGUCGUGGCCGAAAACCUGCUGAAGGAAACAUACAAACCCCGGAACGCUCUCGCCACCAGUUCCAUCAACACCUACUUCAGCAGACCCAAGACGCCGGUGACAAUGAGCAACGACGGUUACGGCCUCGGCUGGAAGAGCGGGUAUUACAGAGGAAUACCGAUGGUACAACAUUCAGGCAGCACAUUCGGCUACCGGAGUUUCCUGACCCUCAUCCCGGACAAGAACCUGGGUGUGUUCCUGACCAUGACGGGCACCGACCCCGACUACUGGUUACGGGGGUCGCUCAGUGCCUACCUGAUGGACAUGUACCUGGCGGAGGCGCCCUGGAUCAACGCCAGCACCAUCUGCUCCUUCCCCGACCCCUGGCGCACACGGAGACGUUCUGGAUCCCGUAAACGCUCUGGGAGAAGGUUGACAAGGAGGAGACGUGCCACACACACUGCUAACCUAGCCCUUCAAGCGUACACUGGGACGUUCCGACACCAGGCGUACGGCAACAUCAGCAUCCACUACGACAGCACGUCCCAUCAGCUGAAGGCCACAUACGGUAUCGCCAGCUGGGUCCUUGCGUCACGUGGAGGCGACACUUUUAGAGGUAGCUGGGACAAACCGGCUCCCAGAAUGGAUUUCAACUUUACUUUCAAGACGUCAGCUGGACAUACUUAUGCUCUGAUUCCUAGUUUUGAAUCCAAAUCUCCUCCUGUAUUCUAUCGAACUGGUAACAGUAACCCUAUUAUCGGAUGACCUGUAACUGUUUCGAAUAAACAUUAAUUGUUACUUGAAA